AAUCUCAGUGUUCUGCGGAUAUCAAUACGGAUCUGUGGGUUAGUGUGCAGAAAUAUCUCUUUUCCAAUAUUGCAGGAUUGAAUCGAGUGAAACUGGCUGAGUACCUAGAUUAGAAAGUUGUAUUCGAAUUGUGAAUUAGAAAUAGAAGGAGGUAAAAUAUUCAUUUUGACAAGUAUCUUCAGAAUUGAACUAUUUGUGCAAGUACGAAAAGGGUUGCAGACACACAAAAUGUGAAUCUUCUCCAAUGUGUUGUAAAAAAUGGGGUUAAUUGCUAAGAAGAGAGUAAACGCUCCAGAGAAACCGAUUGUAGUUGAGGCGCACGAGAAGACGUCAACCUCCAAAAAUAAAGUUCACCGUAAUGCUACAGAUAGAAUACCGCCGGUCAUUCAAGAAACAACGGAAGAGGAUAAUUCUUCGAACCAUAAAAAGCAAGAUACAGAAAUUCCUAUUGCCCGUACAGAUCAGUCUAUGAAGACUGAUGGACCAUGUGAGGGAAAAUCGUCCGAUUCGACGACAAGAAACAGUUACAUCGCACCGGAGACAGGUCAUUCCAGUCGUCGAAAUGGGAAUAACAUUUCGGUGCAAAACAGAAACAUCACAAGAACCAACAGUGUACCCAAUAGCGUUAGAUCAACGGACAUAAAUUCGAGCGUGCAAAGUUUAACAGUUAUCCGUGAACAAUACUGUUGCUGUUCCAAAUGGUCUAGAUGUGAAAGGAUUCUUGGUUUGACAGUUGGAAUAAUGGCCAUCAUAAUUGUGAUACUUAUAGUUGUGAUAGGUAUUCUGUCCUCAAACUCUACACGAUCAAAUUUUUCGGGGUUAUCAUUAGCUCUCUAAUGAAAUACUUCAUGCUGUGUAUAUAUUAUAAUUGUACUCAUAAUCUUUUCUUCUGUAGCUCAUAUUGAAUUACAUGUUAUUUUUCGUGAUA